UGUGCGCAAGUGUUUGCGGUUGUAAAGAACAAGCGACACAAUAUGGACGUGUUGAUUGACCAAUAUGACUACGUUGCAGCGAUUCUGACCGAGUUAGCGGAGAAAAAGAUCAAAGCAUGUGGAUCGUUCUCAGAUUUGCCCAAAGUGGCCCCACGUUUGCAAAGUUUUUUCGCGAAAGGAGAACUUUGCAACGACAUGCUUAUGGGAGCGAAAGAUAGAGGAUUAUCUGGGAUGCGUUUUAUAUCGCCAACCGUCAUGAUUCCACUGACAGAAAUGCUUGAACAUGCUUUGCCUAAAGACUUCUCCGACAAGCUAACAUUGUACUGUCUGGUUCUUGAACGAGGUUAA